CUUAUUAAGUUCGCUUAUUUUAUUUUUUAUAAAAAAUUUAAUAUUAUAAAAAACUUAGUAUAUAUAUUUACUAAGGUUAUAUUUUCGAAUUACGGUUUACUAAAAAAAAUUAUUUUUAAUAAAAAUAAACUAUUUAUUUUAAAGUUUUAA